CUCCCGCCGAGAGCGAGCGGAGCGCGCCUGCGAACCACCCCGGCCCAGCUCUGUGGGAAGGCAGUGGCCCUGCUCUCCGUAAAAAGAUGUCCUAUGGAUCCAUCGCUGGCAGUGGUGGCCUGGGGAGCCACAGCCCUUUCGGGGGACCCUCCAGACAAGGCUAUCAGCCCCUAGCCACCCGGGUGGACCCAGGUGACCUCCAGGGGCUGUUCCAGCAGACAUCGGCCAGCGUCUUCCGGAUCAACUCCAACGUGACCUCCUUGGAGCAGAGCCUCCGGUCCCUGGGGACACCGAGUGACACGCAGGAGCUGAGGGAGAGCCUGCAUGCGGCGCAGCAGGGGACCAACAAGACCGUCGCGGCCAGCGCCAGCGCCUUGAAGCAGAUGGCAGAGCUCCUGCGGGGCUGCUCCCGGCAGGAGCGUCUCCAGCUGGACCGCCUCAGAACUCAGCUGUCGGAUGCCAUUCAGCGCUACGGCGCGGUGCAGAAGAAAAUUGCAGAAAAGUCCAGAGCCCUGCUUCCCGCCGCUCAGAGGGGCGGCACGCAGCAGAGUCCCCGGGCCCCUUUUGCUGAGCUGCCCGACGAUGAAAAGAUCUUUAAUGGGGGUGACGGCAUGUGGCAGGGCCAGGAGCAGGCGCUGCUUCCCGAGAUCACCGAGGAGGACGAGGAGGCCAUCCGGCUGCGCGAGGAGGCCAUCCUGCAGAUUGAGAGUGACUUGUUGGAUGUAAAUCAGAUUAUCGAGGACUUGGCCUCCAUGGUGUCAGAGCAAGGAGAUGCCAUUGGGUCCAGCAGCGGCAGGGCCACGUGCCGGCGGAGCUCCAGCCCCGAGCCAGCCGUGGCGCCCCUGCGGCCGGGCCCUCACUCCCGCACCAAGACGCGCAAGCCCAACUUCAGCCCCCAGGAGACGGAGGUGCUGGUGCAGAGGGUGGCCCGCCACUACCCGCUGCUGUUCGGGGCGCUGCGGGGCACGCCCUCCCGGAAGCACCGAGUGUGGAGCAAGAUCCUGCAGGCCGUGAACGCUCUGGGCUACUGCCGGAGGGACCUGGGCGACCUCAAGCACAAGUGGAGGGACCUGCGAGGGGCGGUGCGCAAGAAGCUGGCGGAGCGCCCGCGGGCCCCCGGCCUCGUCCUCACCCCUGUCGAGCGCAUGGUGGCCGAGACCUUCUCGGCCCCAGCCCCCCUAGGCGAGGGCCCGGCUGCCGAGCCCCUGCCAACGGACGAGGAAGACGAGGCCCCCAGCUGCCUGUGGCUACCCUUGCGGACCCUGGAUGGGCCAAGCCUGCCCGAACCUGACCCCCUGGACCUACGAGGAACUGUCCCUGCACCUGCUUCCUCACCCUCCCCGCCAGCCUCUCCGGCCUCGGUGCCCCCUGCAGCUGCAUUCCCAGGGGCCCUUGGACCCUCCCCGCCCUCCACUGUGCCACCCCCGCCCCCUGGGAGGCCCGCAGCGGAGGCCUCCGAGUUUGAGCAGCGACUGCUGGACUCCCAUCGGCGACAGGGCGCCCUGCUCUCCCACUGGUCUCAGCAGCAGAGUGCACUGAUGGCCCAGCAGAACCUGCUGCUCCAGAGGCUGGCCGAGCAGACCCAGCGGCUGGCCGACGGCGUCGAGGCCCUCAACCGGACCCUCGAGAAGCUGGUGGAGGCCUGCCCGGCCCGGGGAGCCUCGCCCACAGUCCUGGACGGCACCCCCGCUGGGGGAGUGGCCUCUGGGCCCACCAGAGGCCCCCAGGGCAGCCCCCAGGGCCCCCACCCGGGCCUGGAGGUCUUCUCAGGGAUGAUCCUGAAGGUGGAAGAGGAGGUCUAGGGUCCGGUCCCUGGAGGGCUGCACGAGGAGCGGGGACCCCAGCCCUUCUGAGAGUCAGGCUGGGGGACAGCAGGGCGGAGUUGGGGCCUCGAUGGAGCCGGCAAGGACACAGGACACACUCGUGCAGGGAAAGGCUCUGGGGCCGGUCGGUGGUCCUGGACAGAAGUCUACUCAGGGACGUUGUGGCUGGAAGACGCAGAGGGGCGCUGGCGGGGCCCGGCCUCUGCUCCCGUCCCGCGCUCUCACCUGCUGUGCCGAGUGCCUUGGAGGGCAGAGCCAGCACCCCCCUGCGGCCACAGGGGGUAUAGAGGGUUCGGUGUCCCCAGACCUGGAGGGGUGGCUCAGCGGGGUGUCAGGAAGGUCCCCAGAGGGUGACCCGGAGGGCCCGCCGGAAGCCUCCUCCUCCUGGACGUGUGGACGCUGCGGGCUGGGCUCCUGCGGUUUUCUUGGUUCUGCCCAGGACGCCCCCGUCUUGCAGCCUGCGGUCAUUUCUGCCCGGUGUUACAUCUGUGGUCUGACAGACACACGUGUGCAUAUAUGUCACCUGGUACUGUAUGGGGCGGGAUACCAUUUUGUACCUACUGAUGUUUCUUGCAAAAAGAAUUAUUUUUCCUACAUAAGCAUAAAAUAACAACGGAGAAGGCCCUGCCGGUGGUGAUGUUCGCGAGCAAAUGAGACGGAGCCCGGUCCUGUUCCUCACGCGGGCUGUGCCUUUGUGUUCGGCCCCGGCAGGGAGCCCUGAGCGCUUGCUGGGUUUUCAGAUCUG